UAUAUUUGCCAAUUUAGAAGUAAAUUUUGAUAUUUAUAUUAAUUUCAUAUAUAGGUAUGUUAUUUUGUUAUUUAAAUGCAUUCAAUUUAUUAGAUCAAAAACUUUCCAUUUGAAUGGCUGACGAAAAGAAAAGGAUAUUAGUGCUGCAAAAUGUGGUUUUAGACACAAAUAACAUUUUACAAGACAAAAUGAAUUGCAACAAAGAUGGUCUAAAUUCUCAUGAUAAUAAUUCUAUUCCAAAUGUCAGAAAGCGCAGACUUACCGCUAGUACUUAUUUAUUUGAUGAAGAACCAGUUUUUUCUGAUUCCGAUGACGAAGAAAAAUACUGUAAGAACGUUUUAGCAACUCAAAACUGUUUCAACUUUCCAAAUAAAACUUCUGAAAAGCUGGAUGCAGAAUUUCGAUGUAACUUAUCUCCAGAUGAUUUAAAAAUAAUAGAAGUUAUUAACGAGGUUAUUAAAGAAUGUGCAUGUGUUAAUGUUGCGAAUGUUAAUGAUGAUUUUAAACAGUUAAUAAAUUUAUGCAAAGAGUUAGAAGUCAAGUAUAUUGCACCACCAACCUCUGGAAAAAUACUUUCGGAAAUUGUAGCUGCAAAUAAUGGGCCCAUUGACAAUGAAGUUCUUAGUAAUAAAGAUCUGGUUAGUAAGAAUUUGGCAAAUAUUCAAGAAUUAAUACCAACACCGGAAGAUCAAUAUUAUCAAGUAAAUUUUGCACCUUCUAGGAAUGGUUGUGCAGGAGCUGAAAAUAAUUCUUUCUUUUCUCAAAUGUUUAGUUUCGACAGUGGCUUUUCCAGUGUUCCUUCCAUUACCAAAUACAUUACUGACAAUGAAGAAAAAGAAAAUAAAGUAAGAAGGUCUAGUAGAAUACGUAAACCUGUCAAUAUAAACAAUUCUGGGAUAUUCGUUACUCGAAAAUAUAUAAAAUUAUUGAAUAGAAAGCGAGCACAAAGAAAAACAGAAAACAAUGUGAGGAGUAAACAGAAAAAUUCAUCCAAAAAAACUAAUACUACAAAUAUACUAAAACAGAGAACAGAAAAUAAAAGUGUUAGUAAUGUUCUUAUGGGCAGAAAUGAAGAAAAAAAUAUUAAACAACAAAAUUUCAUAACCAAAUCUAUUGCUAGCAAUGAAGAAAAAGAAAAUGUAGGAAGAAAAUCUACUCGGAUACCAAAACCUGUCACUAUAAAAACUUCUGGGAUGUUCGUUACUCGUAAAGAUUUAAAAUUAUUGAAUAAAAGUCGUCAACGAAGAAAAACAGGAAACAUUGUUAGGGUUAAACAAAAAAAUUCAUCCUCCAAAAUAACUAAUAGGGGUAAAAAUGAAGAAAGAAAUACGAAACAACAAAAUAAAAACAAAUCAUCUCUAGCCACAGUAAUGAAAUUGAAAGAAACAGUUGGGUUAAAGGACUUCCAGGAAAGUAUAUUCCAUCUGAAAGCAUUGUAUUUACCAUCAAAGCAAGUUAAAUCCUUAGCUAGAAACUGGAUGAAAAAUAAAAGCGUUGAAAAGAACAAAUUAGCAGAUGAUACUAGGUCAGUUUCAAUGCAACAUAAAACUAGAAAACUCUAUUCUCCACAUGAAUGGUUACACGCACAAGAAUUUAUUGAUCUUGAAGUGAAAAACUAAUUUGACAAAUUUCCAUUUAACUUUUUUUUUAAAUUUUUGUCUACAAAUAAAUAUAUUACUUUUUCUUUUUGAAAGAACUGUU